GGACCUUUGAGCCCAGAGUUCGCAUCUGGCGAUGAUCGCACGUCACCAAAGAAAACCAGCAGGGCUAUGGCUGUAGCUGUGCACCAGCAAAAAACUAGAAGGAGGAAAGGCUCACUCAGAAAGGCAGCGCUGCUCGGUCGUGGUGCACAACGAGAAAAGAAAGAAAUGAAAGCAUCGCCUCUUGAAACGGGCCAUGACAUAGGUUAUGCAGGAGAUGGCACUCUCAGCCCCACUUCCCCUGAGGAACUACCUCAAGCGUCGGGGUAUGGCUUAGGUAUUUCUGAGGCGACUCCAAGACCUUCAAUGGAAGGAUAUGCCAGUCGAGCGAACAAUGUCCUUCUGUCACCAAUCAAGACCCUGCCAAUGGGGACCGAAGAUCAUCUUGUUUCAUCGCCCACUUCGGCAACAAGUCCAACGCUGACCUACACCUCGACCGACGAAGAUGAUGUUCUCUCCAUUCCCACCCACAGUCUUCCGCCACCUCCGCGUGUACCAUCAACCUCAUCAGGAUCCGACUCAUACUUUCCCCCAGGAGCUGGCUCUCUUGCUCGCCGAAGAUCGCAAAAUGCCAAGUCGCCAUUGUCCUUGGGAGGCCCCGCUGCCAGUCCCCUUCCGGCCCCCGAUGCCGAAUGGGACUACUCAGAGACUGAAUGGUGGGGGUGGGUUGUACUGAUCGUUACAUGGGUUGUCUUUGUCACCGGAAUGGGGUCUUGCCUCGGGGUAUGGAGCUGGGCAUGGGAUGUUGGAGAAACGCCCUAUGCUCCGCCAGAGUUAGAAGACGAUCCGACUCUUCCAAUUGUGGGAUACUAUCCUGCUCUAAUCAUUCUCACGUCUGUGAUGGCCUGGGUAUGGGUUGUCGUCGCGUGGGUGGGCAUGAAGUACUUCAGACAUGCAAAGAUCAGUGGCGACUGA